UUGUGCCCACCCUGUCCACGCACCACUUUGGAGAAUUUCGUGAAGACUCGGCGUAGCAGGACAUUUUGUUUACGACGAAAUGAGCCAGGCUGUUCCCUUCUGUAUUCUGCUCUGUCUACUGGUCGGUCUUUCAAAGGCCUCUCAGAAGGAAGCCCCUGUUCCCCGAAAAUGCUGCACGCCUCCGUUGUUUCAGAUAACCAAUACUGAUCUCCGAUCUUAUGGAGCCGAAGAGCUGGUACAGGUUCAGACCUUUAUAGACUACGAGCGAGAGAUCCAGGUAAACAAGAUCUUCCGACAAAACAAAAAAACAAGGGUGAGAACAUUUAAGUCCAGGGUUGUGAUGGAUUUUGCCCAAGGAUGGAUAUAUGAAUUUCCAAACGAGCGUUCCCUAUACACUCCUGUCUGCUACAAAGUAUUCCUGGCAGUACUAAUGCCUUUACAGUGUGUUCCAGACUGGGCGACUUACGUCGGCUCCGACUACAUAGGACCAGAGAGAACACUGAUCGACAUCUGGUCGGUUGACGACGAUGACAGUAAUGUCAAGCUGACCUAUGCCUUCUCUCGCGAUCAGUGCGUGCCAGUGUUCCAGCUGCAGAAGGGCAUACAAGAAGGAAUUGUUCGUCGAUUCUGAAGUCAUACAGACAAACUUCAGUGCCACCAUAGAGGACAUGACAGUCUUUGACUUCCCCAACAACUGCGUGCCAUCUGCUAAAAUUGUCGAAUUGGGGUAGCCCUAGGGAGCUGUCUCCGAUCCUUAAUGGAACCGAAGAGAUGAUCCAUGAAUGGACUAAUCCUGAAAAUAUAUCAUUUGUAUAUAAAAAAAAGUUGUGUAAAGAUUGCGAGAAAGAACAGUUUUCAGAAGAUUAUGACAAAAACAUUAAUUUCGGACCCGUAAGCUUUUCUAAUCAGGAGUCCACUCCACAUACGCCACUUUUCUCGCCUUUUUUAGCCUUUGAAAUUCAUAUUUGCAGAAACAGUUUUAUGUAUACAAAAAUAGGAAUUAGAAUGCCACUUUAAAUGUUGUAAUGAACUUAGCUUUUAUACUGAUCAUAUAGCUGCCAUGAAUGCCAUCUAUAGGCACACUUUUCUUUUUCUCGUUAAAUGACUUUUAGUUAUUUACAGUCCCGCUACUUGUACAUGCUCUAUUGCCUGUAUUUUGUUGUUGAUUUAGGCUUUGCUGUGGCAACUACUCUGUAGUUCCUAUCGUUUGUAGGACAAAAAUAAUGUAUUUUGAAUUGUGCGGCAGAUUAUUUUUGAUUAGACAAGGGAUCAAAGUUGCUUCUAAAUUUAAAAUGUUUUUCUAUUUUAAAGGUGCUUCGGAAACUUAAUUAAACAAUAUUGCUAGAGCAGUCUCUCCAGGUCACAUGACUCCUGGUAUGGUCGAAAGCAACGUCAGCAACAUCAUAGUCCUGACUACGACUUGAGGUUUGGUAACCAUAAGCCAACCCCGUAGUCAAGCGUUCAUCGUUAUUUGUGGUAGCACUAACAACCAUACAUGAAGGUUGGCUGACUGAGGUUUUGCAUUUUGUCUGGAGUGAAGGCAAGGACAUUGGGGUAGGAACUGUGUAAAAAGGAAGGGGAAAGGAGUAGGGUACACAUUUAAUUUUUUGUGUUUUAAUCGUUUGCAUGUAGUUGCGUGUUGUGUUCGCCAUUUCUUUGUUUUGUAUUUUCUAAAAAAAAAUAAAACAUUUUUUAGUUUGUA